AUGACCUGCCACGCCCGUGUGUCAUUCACCUCCGCCUUAAAACCGGGCUUGAACGAAACUUUCAAAAUGGUGGGUUGCAAAACUUUGCAAAGACUAGCUUGUGUUUUAAUGCUGUAUUCAUGCUUUUUACAAUCAGUCUGCGAAGAUAAUCAGCCAACAGACAAUGAAAACGCUCAAGAAAUUAAAAUAUCUGGAACAAACGAGCCCUUGUCGGUGACAAAAGAGGAAAAUGAUGAGGUCAUAAAACCUGGCUUAGGUCUUAGAAAAGAGGAAGAUGGUAAAACUAGUGCACAAUUGGACAGUUCUAACGUUUCUAUUCAUGAGAAGAUUGUGGAAAUCGAGCAGCAAGAUCUUGGUAAGACCAAGGAAAUGAAAGGUGAUGAGAAAGAGAAUGGUAAGAAAGAUGAUAGUGAAAAAGAGGAUAAUGGGAAAGAGGAUGGUAAGAAAGAUGAUGGUGAAAAAAAGGAUAAUGGGAAAGAGGAUGGUAAGAAAGAUGAUGGUGAGGAAGAGGGUGGUAAAAAAGAUGAAGGUGAAAAAGAGGCUGGCAAAGAAGGUGAAAAAGGUGAAGAUAACAAAGAAGAAGAUGGGACUGAGGAACAGAUGAAAGAGAAAGAAGAAGAAAAGGAAAACGUUGAAGAGAAAGGAAUGGACUUGAAGGAUCUCAAGGAUAAUGACUUUGAACAUUUGACACAAGCUUCAACUGGUGCAACUACUGGAGACUGGCUGGUUUUAUUUACGAAAAAAGAUAAUUGUGAUAAGUGUGUUGAAGCUGAAAAUGAAAUGAAAAUUGUUUAUGAAAGGGUGAAGCAUAAACUAAAUGUUGCCAAAGUGACAGAUGGUCGCUCAACCAAAAUGACAUUCAAAAGAUUUGGUAUUGAAGAAACGCCAGUAAUAUAUCUUUUUCAUCAUGGUAAACAAUUCUCAUAUGUUAACAAUGUGUCUGUGGAUGAAAUCAUCAAGUUUCUUGAAGGUGGAUACCAGUUGGCUUCUUGGUCCCCUGUCAGAGAUCCUUAUACGUCUUUGGAGUACUAUGUAGAUGAGACAUUUGAAGAGCUGAAGCAUAUGUUUCGUUACAAGAAGAAUGUAUCUAUUGUGAUCUUCAUUACUGGUUUUAUUUGUGGGAUUUCCAUCAUCUCUCUCUGUGGAUCACUUCUAUUUCAUCUACUAGAAAACUUCAAAGAUGAUAAUGAAGCGUAUUUGCUUGAAGAAAGUCCUAGUCGUGACAUGGCAGGUAGCAAAAAUAAGGCAGAUUAAAUUCACCAUGUACUUGAUGGAUCCUUAUUCCAGUGUUUUAUCAGAGGAAAAUUUGCUCCUGCACACCUCAAGUUGACCUUGCUGCAGAAGGACUUAAUUAUUGAAUAGUUUUGAGAACUGCCUUCCCAGUAAAGCCUGGGUUACAAAUUCCCUUUGACAGUAAUAGAUAUACUUUGCCUGUGUGAACAGAAGGUUUGGAAUAAUUGGUCAUAAAAGAUACAUUUGGACAAGGCAUUGACUGCCAAUAUUUCAAAUCAAAUAAAAUUAGCUAAAGAAAAUUGUGUAAAAGAGACUUAAGCCUGCUGCACACGAGAGCUAUUCGCCGAGCUAAC